GCGCGCGCAUUCUUAUGAUUUUUCGAACGAGCGCAAGUCGACACGAAGGUGUUGGAGUAAUUCACAACAUUGGAACUUGCGUGCCAGUUCAGAUGAGCGAGUCAGUGAGAGUGGCCGUGAGAUGCCGGCCGAUGAACACUCGGGAGUUGCAGCAGGGAUGCAGGAACGUGGUGACGAUCGACACCCAGACAAAAUGCUGCACCCUGGAGUGUCCAGCGAGCGGGGCAGGGAACGGCAAGGUGUACCAGUUCGACGCAGCCUUCGGUCCGGAAGCCAGCACCGAGUCUGUGUACGAGAAUGUGGGAUCUGUUAUCGUGGAGGCGCUUCUAGAUGGCUACAAUGGUACAGUGUUCGCUUACGGACAAACAGGUUGCGGGAAGUCGCACACGAUGCGAGGAUUCAUCGAGCGCACCUUGGACCACAUCUUCGAGGCCACCUCGACCGCCAGCUCGGAGAUGAGGUACCUGGCGUUGCUCAGCUAUCUGGAGAUCUACAACGAACGACUGCAAGACUUGUUGCAAGACGGGACGAGCGAUCUUUUGACUUUGAAAGAGGACACGAAUCGCGGUACUUACGUGGCCGGUGGCUUGAGGGAGGUCACCGUCAAGGAUGCAGCCGAGUGCACCCGUUUGGUCGAACAGGGUGACAGGAGGAGAGCUGCAGCGGCUACCAAGAUGAACGCUGCUAGUUCCAGGAGUCACGCCGUGCUGACGUUGUCCCUGGAGACGCUGGCCAUCAACGACGACAGCAAAACCGAGAACACGGUGAAGAGAGGCAGGCUUCACCUGGUGGACCUGGCUGGGUCGGAGAGGCAAGCGAGGACAGGAGCCACCGGGGAUCGUCUGAAAGAAGCAGCUAGUAUUAAUUUGAGCCUCUCCGCGCUGGGAAACGUCAUCAGUGCUUUGGCGGCUGGUCAUGGACGACACGUCCCGUACAGAGACAGCAAGCUGACGAGACUCUUGAGGGACAGCCUCGGUGGCAACGCGAGGACGCUGAUGAUCGCUUGCGUGAGCCCCAGCGACGUCGACGCCGAGGAGACUCUCAGUACCCUGAGGUACGCGGCCAGAGCUAGAUGCAUAAAGAACAAGCCGGUGGUCAACGAGGAUCCAAAGGACGCUCUGUUGAGGCAGUAUCAAUUGGAGCUGCAACGUCUUCGCAAGAUGCUGGAAUCCGGCGAUCAGUCCAUCGUGAAACAGAUGCUGGGCAAGGAGGAGGACGAGGAGGAGCGCACCGGGGAGUUGGAGGAGGUCGAAAGGCUGAAGAAGGAAUGUGAAAAUUCCCAUUUAUCCGCCCAGAGGCUGCGAGAGGAACUGGAGUCUCUCAAGUCCCGCUACGAGGCUGGUGGAAACAGCAACGUGGACUUGAAACCCGUUUUCCAACAGCCUAUGGACGAACAGGACAAGGAACGGGAGGAGAGGCGAAGGAAGAAGCGAGAGGCUGCCAUGCAAGAAGUGUUGAAGAGGCUGGAGAAACUGACUAUUGGAGGGGAAGAGCAGGCGAACACGGAGAUGAAGAGACGCCGUGAGAAGAGGAGGAAGAAACUGACUGCUCUUGCUUCGGCCUUGGAGGCUAGCGCCCAGGAGGGCAACGGAGGUGUCUUCCAAGUCUACGGGCAGCUUAGGUCCACGGAAGACGCUCUGAAGCGUAUGGCGAAGCGUGUGAAGCAACUGGAAGCGGAGGCUGCUGAUCUUCAAGCUUCUUGGGACGCGGAGCGCCGCGACCUUCUGCGCAGAGAGCUGCUAACGUCGCAGAUUUGCGACGCGAUGAUCCCUCAUCUUCGACCGGGUUGCCCGUUCCGCGACGUGGUUGCCGUGCGAACUGCGGCAACCUGGUCCGACGAGCUGAGCCGGUGGCGGCUACCCGACGUGUCGCCGCACAUACCUCUUCCUCCACCGUCGUUGGUGCCCAAGGACAAUAUACAGUACUCCAUAGUGCCUUCCACGCCUGACCUUAACAAUAAUAGCAAUAACAAAGACAACCAGGACGAGGUCAGCAACGACGCUGACAACGAAGAGAGCAGCGAGCAGGAGGAGACCAAGAAGAUGGACAUCGCUGACACGUAUUUUAGACGGAGCAGGAUCGACAAGCUCCUGGCGCACGUUAGACAAGCGAAAACUUUCGAGCCCAGCAAUCGGAUCAGCAGGUCCGGUGGUUCCGAGGAUACCAUUCCGAUUGGGGGCAAUUAUCUUCAGUUGAACGCUCUGAAUCUGCAGAGCAGCGCACCGGUAAUCGGUGAGGUGGACAGCUACAAGCCUACGCAACGUCUGCCAACGGGGCGCUAUGGUCGACCUGGUUGGAUGUUGGAGGAGAAAAAGAAGAAUCAUCCGCGGAUACUGGAGGCUUUGCCCUCGUACCCGCAUGGCAUGAACGGAAUUAAGCUCGCGAACAGGACUCUGUCGGAGAGGAUAUCCGAUAAUAAGUUGUCGACGAGGCUGAUUCACGACGAUGUCGCUGACGGUCGUCCCAGGUUAGUUGGACAUGCACGUUCCCCUACGUAUUGAUGUUAAGGAUACGACAACUUUGGAACUUUGGACCGAUGGAUCAGGAAGAUAUCGGUGGACAUUUGCGAGGAAGCAGCGUCUGAAAUACACGCAGGGCGUUCCAGCAGACCAUGAGGUAUACGUAAAAAUAAACAAAACAUACGCGAUACUCUUCGUCCUCGAGCUGGAAUCAUCGCGAUGAUUUACUUUCGACGAAA